AGAUGACAUAGUAGCGAUCGGCGUGGAAUUCCAUCCAUAUCUUCUUUUUCGUCAUCACCAGCUUAGAUUACGAAAAAUAAAAAAUAUUUUUUUUAAAAAAAGGAAAAGGAUAAAAAAGGAAAAAGAAAAAAGAGAGCCUGUUUGGCAAAGAAAAAAUAUUACGUCAUCUUCAGGAUAUCCCAAAUUUGCAAAGUGCUUUUGCGAUUAUAUACAUGGGGAAAAUUUUCUUCUAUUAGGGUUUGGAUCUACGAGAGGUUUAUAUUAAGAACAAUCAGUCUCCCUCGGAGAUCUACAGUCGGCGAUUUCGAGGGAAUCACGGAGUAAGACAACACAAAUGCAGAAUGAUGAUUCAAAAGAAAUUGGAAAGGGUUCUGCAGCUGCGAUACCUGACCUGGAGAAACAGGGAAGCGCGGACGAUGGCUCCUUGGGGGCUUCCGCAGAUCAAGCAGCAGUGCUCACCGUUCUGGUUUCCAAUGAGCACUCCUGUAAUCGCGUUCAUGUCAGUGUGACCCCAGAGCCAUCACCUAUUCUUUCAAAGACUCUGGAUCCCAACAACGACACUUGGCUGCCAAAUGUCGCUUCUUCUCCUAGAAAAGGUCACUUGUCAAGGACUGAAAGUUCUCGCGAAGAGUGCAGAGUUUGUCAGCAGGAAAAGGAGGAAGAUUUGAUAGAACUUGGAUGCCAAUGUCGAGGUGGGCUUGCAAAAGCACACCGGUCAUGCAUAGACACUUGGUUUCAUACAAGGGGAUCUAACAAGUGUGAGAUAUGCCUACAGGUAGCUGCAAAUGUGUCCCCUCCAGAAUCGCAGCCAAGUACUAAUUACUGGGCUUGGAGGGUCGAUCCUGCCUUCAGAGGGUCAUCUAUUGCACAAGAGCAUGGAAGGGGUUGUUUUAGUCCACUUUGGGUAGCAUUUUCAAUCCUUAUUGGUGGUCUUCUCUUGGAUGUGCUGAUAUCCAUUACCCUCGGUGUCUCUGCUCUGCCCGUCAAUAUUAUAAUUGGGGUUAUUGUUGUUCUUGGGCUUGGAACUGCACUUCGGCUUGCUCUGGAAUUCUGUCAUGAGUGGAGUUUGAGAAGAGUAGUGCAAAGGGUGGAAACAAACGUGAAUGUGAAUCUUGGGUAUCAUCCUGCACUGUGAAUACAUCAGUAAAUAAAAAUUUACAACUUUUCAGUGAUUCCUUAAUUUCAUUUAUACCGUUCACAAUCUUGACCUUAAAUACUUGUACUGUACAAUAGAUACAAUAUUAUGAACUGGGAAGCAUCCUACCCGCUUGAACAGUUUUGAGGACAUAUUACAUUGAGCCCCUAGUGAAAUUUUCUUUUAUUAUAA